AUGCCUGAGCAUAUAAAGACAUACCCAGUAGAGCUCGAGCACGCGCGCCGCAACAAGAUCAGAAAGUAUGGGUUUCAUGGCAUUUCUUACAGUUUCAUCGUGACCGAAGUAGCGGAAUAUCUCAAGAAACCUGUUGAAGAAACCUCAAUUAUUGCACUCCAUCUUGGGAGUGGCGCGUCUGUUUGCGCCAUUCGGAAUGGAAAAUCACUGGAUAACUCUAUGGGCUUGACACCACUUGAGGGGCUCCCUGGUGCGACACGCAGCGGAACCGUGGAUCCAUCACUGGUCUUCCACUAUACCUCAAAUGCCGGUAGAAUAUCGCACAGCGGUACUGGGGAUAUGCACAUCAGUAAAGCUGAAGAAAUUCUAAACAAGAAGUCUGGGUGGUCAUCGAUCAUCGGUACAACCGACUUUUCGAAACUUAAGUCAGAUUCCCCUCCUCCACAUAGCGAACUUGUCUUCGAUUUAUUUGUGGACCGUAUUCAUAACUACAUUGGUGCAUACUUUGUAAAGCUUCGCGGCAAGGUUGACGCCCUUGUAUUUGCUGGAGGGAUUGGUGAAAAGUCCUCCGAGCUGAGAGAAGCAGUCGUGGAUGGGGUGCAGUGUUUGGGGUUCUCAUUAAAUAAAAAGGCAAAUGGGAGCAUUGAGAAAGAGAAUGGGAUUGUCUUGGAUAUUGGUGAGGGGAGUGCAAGGGCUCCUAAGGUCUUAAUUUGCAGCACAGAUGAGCAGUUUGAAAUGGCGAGGGAAUGCGCGAGAGACAAAGAAUUUUGGAGCAAGCUUUAG